AUGGGAAAGCGAGAUAAUCGGGUAGCCUAUAUGAAUCCUAUAGCAAUGGCCAGAUGGAGGGGCCCAUCUCAACCUGUAGGCCCAACAAUACAAGAUUAUCUGAAUCGACCAAGGCCCACCUGGGAAGAAGUGAAGAAAAAAAUAGAAAGUAAAAAGAAAGGCUCCAAAGCACUGGCAGAAUUUGAAGAAAAAAUGAAUGAGAAUUGGAAGAAAGAACUAGAGCAAACCAGGGAGAAAGCAUUAAGUGGAAAUGAAGGUUCAUCCAGAAAAAGAGAACGAAAGAAAAGGAAAAAGAGGACAUCUUGUCAGUCUUCAUCUUCUUCAUCAAGUUCUGAUUCUUCGAGCAGUUCUUCAGAUUACGAGGUUGAGAAAAAGAAACGAGGGAAAAAGAGAAAGAAAAAGAAGAAGCAUUCAUACAAAUCAUCAGAAAGCUCUACAUAUGAAUCUGAAUCAGAAAGCAAGGUAUCUGGAAAAAAGAAAAAGAAGUCAAAGGAUGAAACAGAGAAAGAAAAGUAUAUUAGAAGUGACAGCAAAAAAAGAAAGAAGACUCACCCUGAGGAUAAACCUCUAUCAUCAGAGUCCUCAUCAGAAUUAGAUUAUGAAGAGGAGGUCCAAGCAAAGAAGAAGAGAAGACAUGAAGAGCAAGAACAAAGAAUGGAAAAAGCAAAGAAGAAAAAGAAAUAUCACAAGAAACACAGUAAGAAGAAAAAGAAGUCGAGUUAA